AACCCAUCUCGACAUAUUUCACUUUGCUUCACGACAACUCCGACAACUGCCGCCCUUGACCAGUUCAAGCACAGUCAAAAUGACCAACAACAGACUGCAAUACCGCCGCCGGAACCCGUACAACACGCGGUCCAACAAGGUUCGCAUCGUCAAGACCCCCGGCGGUGAGCUCCGUUACCUUCACCUGAAGAAGAAGGGAACUGCUCCCAAGUGCGGUGACUGCGGCAUCAAGCUCCCCGGUAUCCCCGCCCUCCGUCCCCGCGAGUACUCUCAGAUCUCGCGCCCCAAGAAGAAUGUCAGCCGUGCCUACGGUGGCUCUCGCUGCGCUGGCUGCGUCAAGGACCGCAUUGUCCGUGCCUUCCUGAUUGAGGAGCAGAAGAUCGUCAAGAAGGUCCUCCGGGAGUCCCAGCAGAAGGCCGCCAAGCGCUAAGCGUGCUUUUUGUCGGUGUUGUCCUUUUACGGUGGAGCGAAUGUUAUGGGGAAAACGGCUGGGAAUGGUUCUCUUAAAAUAUUAAAGAUGAACAGGAACAGCUAGCGCGCGAGUCCAAAAAAAAAGGCUCGUGGCUAAGCAAAUGAAUCAAUUUCAUUUACCUUCAUGAGAGAUUCCCU